GGAAGGGGUGUUCCCUGUGGCUUGUGGAGGAAGAAAGAGGGGUUUUGGAUCCUUUAACAAGGUACAUGCCUGCACAAUAGAGUUCACAGUCCUUCUUCAUGACACAUUCCUCCAUCCUAUCAAAAGGAGCUUAGCUAAGGAUCCCUGGAAUUGAUAUGUAAGCAGUACAGAUCUGGGGCUAAUACGUGUGUCUGAGGGUCUGAAUGUCAGGGAAAGCUGGUGCUGAUGGACAUAGGCCCCACAGCAUCAACUGAUUCAUGAGAGUCAUGUCAGCGAUGGCCUCAGUGACAGACACUGUCUCCUUCCUGUCUUCUCUACAGAAAGGCCCUGUGUUUUUGUGUGUUGCUAGGAGACUGCUUCAGACUUGGGCUCCCCUCAUGGAGGCCCUGAGGCUGGGGCUAGUGCCAGAACAUUCGAGUGUCAGGUUGGUGACCAUGUUGCUCUUGGGGAUGGUUCUUCUCCCAAGCAUUCACUGUCACCUGGGACCAGUACAUUACUCUUCCUAUGAAAUAGUGAUCCCCAAGAGUCUGACGGUCAAGGGAAGCGAAGAGCCAGUGGAAAAGACAUCUUAUAUGCUGCUUAUGCAAGGCCAGGAGCAGCUGGUUCACCUGAAGGUGAGGAGAGACUAUUUUGUGAAUGAUUUUCCAGUCUACAGUUACCACAGUGGCAUCCUGGGGCAAGAAAUUCCUUCCAUCUCACAUGACUGUCACUGUGAAGGCUACAUAGAAGGAGUGGCGGGUUCUUUCGUUUCUGUCAACACCUGUUCAGGUCUCAGGGGCAUCCUGAUUAAGGAGAAAACAUCCUAUGGCAUUGAGCCCACACUCUCUUCCAAACGGUUUGAACACGCGUUAUACACCAUGGCACAGCAAGCUCCGGUCCCCUGUAGUGUCUCUCCCAGAGACAGCCAAGCGGUGUCCGCCAGCCAGCAGCAAGAGGGCAGGAAGCCUCACGAUCUACAGGCACUGUCCUACUUGUGGUCACACACCAAGUACGUGGAGAUGUUUGUUGUGGUCAACAGCCAGCGGUUCCAGAUGUGGCGCAGUGACGUCAAUGAGACAGUGCAGAGAGUAGUGGAUGUCAUUGCUCUGGCCAACAUCUUUACUCGAGGAAUAAACACAGAGGUGGUGCUGGCUGGGAUGGAGAUUUGGACGGAGGGGGACCUGAUAGAGGUCCCGGGGGACCUGAUAGAGGUCCCGGGGGACCUGCAAGUUACACUCAGGAAUUUCAAUAGCUGGAGACAAGAGGAGCUCUUCCCUCGUGAGAGGCAUGAUGUUGCCCACAUGAUCGUUGGGCAUCAUCCUGGAGAGACCUCGGGCCAGGCAUUUCUCAAUGGAGCCUGUUCAAGUGGUUUUGCGGCGGCUGUCGAAGCUUUCCAACAUGAAGAUGCCCUCCUGUCUGCAGCACUCAUGGUCCACCAGCUUGGGCACAACCUAGGUAUUCAGCACGACCACUCAGCCUGCGUUUGUAAAGAUAAGCACUUUUGCCUCAUGCAUGAAAAUAUCACUAAAGAAAGUGGCUUCAGUAACUGCAGCUCUGACUACUUCUACCAUUUCCUUCAUGAACACAAAGGGGCCUGCCUAUUUAACAAGCCACGGCACAAAGGCCGCAGGCGCAGGGAUGCCAGUUGUGGAAAUGGUGAGGUGGAGGACCUGGAGGAGUGUGACUGUGGUUCUGCUUGUCACAGUGACCCAUGCUGUGAACCAACAUGCAAACUGAAGGAGCAUGCACAGUGUGGUAAUGGUCUGUGCUGUUCCAAUUGUAAAAUGCAAAUGAGGGGUCACACGUGCCGUCAUCCUGUGGGACCAUGUGACCUCCCAGAGUACUGUGAUGGUGUUUCUGCAAAAUGCCCAGCAGACAUGCAUAUGCAAGAUGGCACAAAGUGUCAUUUCAAAUACUCCUGUUUGAAUGCUAAGUGCACAGACCCUAGUGUACAAUGUGCAACCUUGUUUGGGUUUGGGUCAACCUCUGCCCCAGAAGAAUGUUACAAUUCAUUUAACAGCAAAGGGAAUAUAUUUGGAAACUGUGGCCAUUCUGGGAAUCCGGCCACAUACAUUAGUUGUUCAGGAGACAAUAUAAAGUGUGGAAACCUUAUAUGUACAGGAAUUAAUUCAUUGCCUCCCAUCAAACCUCUAUAUGCAUUGAUCCAGAGUCCUCAUGAAGAUAACUGGUGCUGGAGUAUGGGUACCUUUGAUACUGCUAGCUCCAGUGAAGAAGGAGUGUUAAUGGGCAUACCUUGUGCUGAAAACAAAGCCUGUGUGAAAUCCCAAUGUGAUAAUUUCACCCCUGAGAAAGGUACUUGCAGUGCAGUUGAAAAGUGUAAUGAGAAUGGAGUUUGCAACAAUUUAGGGAACUGCCAUUGUCAAGAUGGUUUUGCUCCCCCUGACUGCAAAACAGAAGGAAGUGGGGGUAGUGUGGACAGCGGCCCCCCUAAUAAGCCAUCAUUUGCAAUUCCACCUGAUAAAACUGAAGAAAAAUGGACUUCAAAGUUACUAUUAAUUGCCCUUGUAGUUUUGGGACUACUAAUACUACUUAGAGUUAUUUGUGUCUGCUGUUGUAAACGUCCUGCUGCAGCCGCAGUAGCAGCAGCAGCUCCUCCAGAAAAGACUGCAGAAGAGGCUCAAGAGGAGAAGGAAGAAGAGGAGGAGGAAGAGGAGGAGGAAGAAGAGGAAGAGGAAGAGGAAGACGAUGAAGAUUAGAGUGAUAAGUGGUAGAAAGUCAAAACCAAAUAUAUCAAACUCCUCAAGCACUGACUAGGAAUGAGAAGCUCAGGGAAGCAAAAGUUAAGUGGGAAUUUAUGGUUCCAAUGGCUCUGAUUGGGAUUUCAUAGUCUAAAGAUAUACUAUCGUGGGAAGAGAAAUUCCUCCACCUUUAUUACUCAUUU